CAGGAGACGUUCAUGUAUGGAGAGGGGACGCUGAGUUACAGCCUACCUCGGACAGAGCCACCGCUUCUUCUUCUUUUUAAAACCCUCACAAGUAUUAACACAGGUUGCGUCAGUUAAUAACUUCCCACUGAUUGAGUGUGGCAUUGACGCUUAUCAAGUGUCGGAACCUGCUGAGUGCGCUCGCUGGAUGCUUUGGCCGAACAGGUGGCGCGCAAGCUCCGGUUUCCCUAAUUUGUUAUUAGGGGCGAGACGCAGGCAAACCGGACGUUAAGUAUUUAAUACCUGGCCUUAAGCUGGGCGAGGGGACGCGGUGCGUAGUUGUCUCCCUCGUUAAAAGGAGACAUUUGACCAGGGAGCGGUGAUGCCAGUUGCGGACAGCGACAUGGUAGUGGACAACAGCCACGGGUUGUACGAGGGUAAAACCCCAAACAGUGCCGGGAACGAGAGCAUCCUCCCGGCAUCCCUAUGCAGUCCUGCAGCGGACAUCCUCAAGAACUUUUACCACACCAAACGGGUCGGGAACUAUCUGAUCGGGAGGAAGCUGGGAGAAGGGUCGUUCGCCAAAGUUAGAGAGGGUCUCCACGCGUUGACUGGGGAAAAGGUGGCGGUGAAGGUGAUCGACAAGCGGAAGGCCAAGAAGGACUCGUAUGUUACCAAGAACCUACGGCGGGAGGGCCACAUCCAGCAAAUGAUCCGCCACCCCAACAUCACGCAGCUGCUCGACAUCCUGGAGACGGAGAACAGCUACUACCUGGUGAUGGAGCUGUGCCCCGGCGGGAACCUCAUGAACCGCAUCUACGACAAGAAGCGCCUGGAUGAGAGGGAGACUCAGAAGUACAUCCGACAGUUGGUGCUGGCUGUUGAGCACUUGCACAGGGCGGGUGUGGUGCACAGGGAUCUGAAGAUAGAAAACCUCCUGUUGGACGAGCAGGACAACAUAAAGCUCAUAGAUUUUGGUCUCAGUAACUGCGCUGGCAUCUUGGGAUACUCAGACCCAUUCAGCACCCAGUGCGGAAGCCCAGCCUACGCCGCCCCAGAGCUGCUCUCCAGGAAGAAGUACGGGCCGAAGGUGGACGUCUGGUCCAUUGGUGUGAACAUGUAUGCAAUGUUGACUGGGACUCUCCCGUUUACCGUGGAGCCCUUCAGUCUCCGAGCUCUGCACCAGAAGAUGGUGGACAAGGAGAUGAACCCGCUACCUCCCUCACUCUCCACAGCUGCCAUCUGUCUCCUGAAGAAGCUCCUUGAGCCAGAUCCCAACAAGCGUCCCAAUAUCCAUCAGGUGAUGGCUGAUUCAUGGCUACAGCUUGCCAACAAGAACACAGGGGCACCGUACCUCAACAGGAUCCACAUCGAGGAAAUUAACCACACAGUGUUGCUGCAUAUGACAGAGAAGAUGAGCUACAAGCACAGCGAGGUGCUGAGCGCCGUCCUCACCAAUCGCGCCUGCCACACUCUGGCCGUCUACUUCCUCCUCAACAAGAAAAUGAAGAGACUCUCUAAAGAAUACAGGGAGAUGCAGUUCCAGGAGAAAAAGAAGGGAGAAAAGCAGAAAAGUGAAUACUUCCAGACCCAGUGGAGGAAGCACGUCGACAAGCUCACUAUCCCCCCCAAACAGACACCCGUCUACCUGGCUGUUAGCAAGGGGCCAAGCAAGGAGAAGAAACACAGGACAGGUCUGUUGCGUGCCAUAACUGGUGGCCAUCGUAAUUCACCUCUGGCACCACCCGGCACUGUCGCCUCUUCGUCUAUGGAGUAUCUAGAGAUCCAGCCUCUCUUUCACAACACCCCUCAGCAACGAAGGCGCUUGGCCACCCUCCCUCAAGUCAACACGAGCCCAGAACACAACAUACCCGCUCCACCAGCACCAUCACCGAUCGGCAUGCAUUCCUUCGGCUCCCUCUCCAAAGCAGAGCAAAUAGAAGACACCCCAGCUUCACCCUGGUACAAGCUGACCAACGGGACUCUGUCCCCACCCCGCCACGUCUCUGCCUUCCAACCCGACUCUUCUUACUUGAAGAAGGCGACCAUCCCCAGUCCUCCUGUCCUCAUUGUCAACCCGCAGCCCAAGAAGAGCCUCUCGUCAGAUUGGUGUGGUUCUUCCGACACCAGCGGGAGCCCCCCCAGCACCAUAGGAAGCCCCCCAGGCAGCUCGGCUUUCAGCCCUCCGAAGUCCGCCUUUAGUCCCCUCAACCCCACCUCAGCAUUCAGUCCUCCUUCCAACAGCAGCAGCGAUCCUGACAGCCCGACGCACCGCAGCAAGUUCCCCUCUAUGGGAAUCGGACAGAUCCUAAAGAAGAAGGUCCAGCUGCAGCCGUUCUCCUUCCGGCCAGAACAGGUCGUUGAGGAAGUGGUGUCCCCCCCUCCCUACCCCAUGCAGACUCUCCUCUGUGCUUCAGGUGCACUCAAGACCCUCUGCUGAGGGAUACCAGACAAAAGAAAAUGAAAGAAAGACAGACUGAACCCAAGGCCCCUCUCAACAUUUUGUUGAGGUUAGAGAGGUCUUCCAGAGCGGCCUUUUGAACUGUGAAUUGUUCUUUUAUUGCGACUGAGCCACUUUUCAUGAUGG